CCUCCUUAUAAAUGAGAGACAUUCAAGUCUAAGUAGUUUCCAGCUAAAGGAAAAUAACCAACAGCUUCUCCCCAGUGUAGACUGGAACGAGGAAAACAUGAACAUCACUAACUGUACCACAGAAGCCAGUGUGGCUGUGAGACCCAAGACCAUCACUGAGAAGAUGUUCAUUUCCAUGACCCUGGUGCUCAUCACUUCCCUGACCAUGUUGCUCAACUCAGCCGUCAUCAUGGCCAUCUGCACCACCAAGAAGCUCCACCAGCCUGCCAACUACCUGAUCUGUUCUCUGGCCGUGACGGACCUCCUGGUGGCAGUCCUCGUCAUGCCCCUGAGCAUCAUGUACAUUGUCAUGGACAGCUGGAAGCUAGGGUACUUCACCUGCGAGGUGUGGCUGAGUGUGGACAUGACCUGCUGCACCUGCUCCAUCCUCCAUCUCUGUGUGAUCGCCCUGGACAGGUACUGGGCCAUCACCAAUGCUAUUGAGUAUGCCAGGAAGAGGACCGCCAAGAGGGCUGGACUGAUGAUCCUCACCGUCUGGACCAUCUCCAUCUUCAUCUCCAUGCCCCCUCUGUUCUGGAGGAGCCACCGCCGACUCAGCCCGCCCCCUAGUCAGUGCACCAUCCAGCAUGACCACGUCAUCUACACCAUUUACUCCACACUUGGGGCAUUUUAUAUCCCCUUGACUUUGAUACUGAUUCUCUAUUACCGGAUUUACCACGCAGCCAAGAGUCUCUACCAGAAAAGAGGAUCAAGCCGGCACUUAAGCAACAGAAGCACAGAUAGCCAAAAUUCGUUUGCAAGUUGUAAACUUACACAGACUUUCUGUGUGUCUGACUUCUCCACCUCAGACCCUACAACAGAGUUUGAAAAGAUCCACACCUCCAUCAGGAUCCCUCCCUUCGACAAUGAUCUAGAUCACCCGGGAGAACGCCAGCAAAUCUCUAGUACCAGGGAGCGCAAAGCAGCACGCAUCCUGGGCCUGAUUUUGGGUGCAUUCAUUUUGUCAUGGCUGCCAUUUUUCAUCAAAGAGUUGAUUGUAGGUCUGAGCAUCUACACCGUGUCCUCUGAAGUGGCCGAUUUUUUGACAUGGCUUGGUUAUGUUAACUCCCUGAUCAACCCUCUGCUCUACACUAGUUUUAAUGAAGACUUUAAGCUAGCUUUUAAAAAGCUCAUUAGGUGCCGGGAACAUGCUUAGACUGUAAAAAGCCAGAAGGCAUGACUUUUACAAGCCUCGAGAGUGGACGAGGGUAAGGGGUGCAACUCAUUAAUUCUUGAACAUAAUUGGUUCGGGAGAGUUUGUAAG